GAUGUGCCGGAUGCCUGUCUUCUUGUUGGACCUGCGUCUCAACCGAUCUCCAGAUCUUCUACUCUUUAACUUGGUAUUUAAUUUUCUUAACUUCCGAUUCUCUUAUCCUCUAGAUUUCUUUAGUGGAUUAUGAUUACUACACGACAUCUCUUUCAAACCAACAAGCUACAAGCUGCAUACACCUCAAACCUACACGCAAGCCCUUAUCAGAAACGGCACAAAAGAAGUCGCAGGCCCCCAAGAACCAAGUUCAUUCCAUCCCGUCCCGUCCCGUCCCACAACAACAACAACAACAACAACAAAGACAAAAAAAGCUUCGUUCUCCGUCCCUCUAUCACUUAUACCGUAGACAAUAGUAACAGAGCGUGACAGCAAAGGUCACGGAUACCCUUGCAUGCUGCUGGGUAAGUCGCGCUUACAACAAUGGAAAUGGAAGUCCCUUUUCUCGAAUUUUCCGAUAUCAACUCCUCUCCGGAC